GUUGGCUUUAUCUAGAUUCAUACAUUUCAUGAAUUUCGCUAAGAAAAUACUACUUGUAACAUAAAAAUUAUCAAAUCUGCAAACGUUAUGUUUUUUCGCAGUUUGACCUGUUUUCUCUUGAAAAACUAUCCACAUAAAGAUAUGGGAGUGCUAGAAACACGUAUAAAAACUAGGAUUUUCGUUCUCCAUGCGCUAGUCAAUGAAUUUUAACGUUGAAAGUCAGUGCAUAGACUAACCACGAUGAGUUGUAAACUACAUCAUAGCAAAUCCAUUGUUGGUGGUUUAUUAAUCAUUUUUGUUCUUUUUGCAGUUUCUGGAUGCAAGGGUGAGGAUAAUCUGACAAUCAAAUUUUUUGGAAACGAACACACGUUGAGGGACAAGUUAUGCGGAAAUUUUUGCGGAUUAGCUAGAAUAUAUUUUAAUUCAUGGCAAAAAAUUUGUCAGAAUCUAUGUCCAAAUUCCACAAUCGCAAAUCUUCCAACUGGUGGAUCGAAUUCUACAAGUGGGCAAAACUCGAUGGGAAGUGAAGGACAUAAUAUAUCAUCUAGUCCUAGUAAUCCUAAUAAUCCAGUUAACCCUCCUAACAAUCAAGUCAAUAAUCCAGUUAAUCCUCCUAACAAUCAAGUUAAUAAUCCAGUUAACCCUCCUAACAAUCAAGUUAAUAAUCCAGUUAAUCCUCCUAACAACCAAGUAAAUAAUUCAGUUAACCCUCCUAACAAUCAAGUUAAUAAUCCAGUUAACCCUCCUAACAAUCAAGUUAAUAAUCCAGCUAACCCUCCUAACAAUCAAGUUAAUAAUCCAGUUAACCCUCCUAACAAUCAAGUUAAUAAUCCAGUUAAUCCUCCUAACAAUCAAGUUAAUAAUCCAGUUAAUCCUCCUAACAAUCAAGUUAAUAAUCCAGUUAAUCCGCCUAGUAAUACUAAUAAUCCUGUUAAUGCUCCUAAUAAUUCAGCCCCUGCUUCUACCAAUACUAACAAUCCUAACAUGGUUCAGCCUGGACGAUAAGUGGUCAUUUAAAAUUCUUUGUAAAUUAUUAAUGUGAACUAUUCUUAUUUAAUUAAGAUUUUAGAUUUUCUGUCUUUGUACGUAUUAGUUCAUAAAUAUUAAAGUAAAUAUGUAUAAAAAUAACAA